AAUGCAUUAGAAUUGAGUGCACCGGCGACGCCUGCGCUUCUGGAGCACAAUCAAAACAAUCAGCAUUUUAACGCAAACGUUAAACCGCCAGGUUGGAUGCAAUUGUCUGGACAUCCUGAAAGCAUUGUUCCUACAACUGCUGGCGUUGUGCGCAAACGCGUUGCCAGUCUUACGGACAAUGAGGUGCUCGCAUAUAAAAUGCUUACACAAGAACCACAAACCGCUAAAAUUGUGCCACAAUUCUAUGGCGCGCAAGAAGUAAAUGGCGAAUACUUCAUCGAUCUCCAGGAUCUAUUGACUGGUUUCAAAGAUCCAUGUGUUAUGGAUAUUAAAAUGGGUUGCCGCACUUUCCUCGAAUCAGAGGUCACAAACAAGACACUUCGUCCGGAUUUGUACAAGAAAAUGGUAGCAGUCGACCCAAUCGCACCUACAGCUGAGGAACACGAAGCACAGGCCAUUACAAAACUACGUUAUAUGCUUUUCCGUGAAUCGAUGUCCUCAUCGCAAUCGAAAGGUUUUCGCAUAGAAGCCCUGCGCCUACGCGGACGUCCACCUGUGAAGGAUCUUAAAACGGUACGCAAUAGCGAUCAGAUUACACAAACAAUAGAACAGUUCCUUGGUGCUAAGCGCUCCAUAACAAAAGAGCUCAUCAAGCGUCUAAAGCAUUUGCGUUCAGUAAUGGAAAAAUCAGCAUUCUUUCAACGGCAUGAAGUGGUUGGCUCCAGCAUUUUUAUUGUUUACGACGAUGAUAAGGUUGGCGCUUGGUUAAUAGAUUUUGCUAAAUCACGACCUUUACCAGCGGGAGUUAGUGUGAAUCAUCGUGCGCCUUGGGUGCCGGGAAACUGCGAGGAGGGUCUACUCAAGGGCAUGGAUGAACUUAUCAACGCAUUUGACAAUGUGUAUGCAAGUCAUGGCAGCCGAAAGUGUUUACAAAUAUAAAUUACACUAAAAGCAGCAGGGCUGCUUGUGUUGGAGAAUUAGAAACACUAAGAAACCAUUCUAAAACGAUUGGUAAGGAAGCGUUGACGUUUCUUUCUUCAUAUUCGGGAAUUAAUAUGAAUCUAAGAUAGAACAAAAGAAAAUUACGAAUCUUUCCUUAUUUAAAACAUAUGUAUCUAUUGUAAUAAUAUUUUAAGAUUGUUGUUAUUCUGCCAGAAGACUGAUUCGCAUUGUGUGCAUUUAUACGGU